GAACUAUUGGGUACCAUCUAAUUCUGGCCGGAGAAUACAAUCGGAGAUGAUGAGCGACGAGCAGCUUUCUCCUAUCGGAGAAUCGAGUGUCCCAGUUCCAAAUAGGAUGCUUAGGCGAUUGAAGAAGGCUAAAUCGAUUUCCGAUUUAUGUCCUGGAUCUGAAACCCUCGAUUUCGAAAGUUCCGACGGUGAUGAUUUAGGGAAGCUUUAUUUAUCGCAGUCUGAGAAGGGUUUCGAUGGGUUUGAAGAAGAAGAUGGGCUACGAUCUGAUAACGAGGGUUUGGGUGUGGAGGAUGGAGUCACCGCGAAAAAGGUACUCGGUUUUGAUUCAGUGUCUGAGUUUAACCAGCCGAUUGAAGAUCUGGGUGAGAAAGGUGAAGAAGACGAAAUCUCUGAUUUGAAGACAAGUGCGGAAACUAGGGUUUCCGAAACGACGGAGGAUGGGCCAGUUAGUGCGCCGGAGUUUGACUCCCCAAUCGAGGAAUCGGGCGAGAAAGGUGAAGACGAGAUCUGUGAUUUGGAAUCACAAGAGGAAUUUAAGGAUUCGGAAACGAAGGAAGCUGGAAAGAAGCGACAAGUUCCGGAGACAAGUGAGAACAAGAGAGAUAAGAAAAGGAACAAGAAGAGUGAUGACUUUGAUGAGCUGCCAAUUUCUACUGCUUCCAUGAACAUGACUAAGAAGGAAAGAAGAGAAUAUCUUGACCAGCUUCGUGCAGAAAACCAGAGACUUUUGCGAGAAACUAGAGAUGCUGCCUUUGAACCCGCCCCUCUUGUCCGGAAGCCGAUUUCAUCCGUGUUGGAGAAAAUUAGGCGACGGAAAGAGGAGAUUUCAAAACAAUUCAUUAGCAGGAAGAAAUCCAAAUCUAAUGACAUAUGCGACCAGGAUGAUUUUGAGGAAGUUGUAGCCGAAGAUAAGAAUGAAGGUAUGAACUUAGACAGUACAAGCAAUCAGCACCCUGGAAGACAGCAUUGCUCCGAGGACUCUGCAGGUCCAUCGGGGAACUUAAACAGUCCAUCUAACAAAAGAGCUGAUAAUGACCCUACUCAUCAGGAUCCCUCCUUGCGUCCACAAAUGAAUAACUCUGGAGAUGAACUUCUAGAGAAGAUGUCAAGCAGACCUUUGGAAGAAGUAAUGACACCUUCGGUAGUUGCCAUGAACCUCAAACUAAAUUUGUCUCCUCUGCCUGAGAAAUCUUCUAAAGAAGCAGAAUACAUGAAGGAAAAUUCUGAUUCUGAGACCAAUGAUGAUUCAUCUCCUGGUGACCCUGUUAGAAAAUUUAUUGAUGAGGAUGCUGAAGAGGAAGAUGACAGCGACAAUGAUUUACUCCGAUUUGAGGAUGAGGAUGAUGACGAAGAUGAAGAAGAUGAUGAUCUCAGGGAUAUGAUUGUCAGUCAAUUUAAGGAAGAUCCAACUGAUAAAGAUAGACGUAAUGAACUGCAUCAGAAGUGGCUCGAGCAACAAGAUGCUGCAGGGACAGAGAAACUCUUACAGAAGCUAAAACGUGGUCUGCAGCAGGAUGAAACAUUAUUAUCUGAGGAUGAAGUUGAUGAUGACGAUGAUGAAGAGAGGGCUGAAGAUGCUGAUGAUGAAGAAGUGCAAAAACCUGAAGCCAAUGAAGAUGAAAACGAAGAUGAAGAAGAUCCGAGUCAUGCAAAUUCCAUGCGAAUGACCAUAAAGAAAAUAAAGGAAAUGAUCCCCUUAAUGUUUACAGAUGUAGAUGAUGUUUAUGUGUCAUCCGACGAUGAGGAAAUGGAAAAGAAGCUUAUGCAACAGCGAUUACACAGGAAAAUGGAGCUAAAGGCCAAGUCUUCAUCAUCUAUUGGGGAUGAAAACUCUGAGGAAAUUCUUCGCCACAUCAAGAAGCCUGAGAUCAAGAAGAAAGAAAAACCUUCUUCUUAUAAAGAGAGGGCACUCAUGGGAAUGAACAAAAACCCUGCAGCAUCCAAGUCAUCAUUCUUGGGUAGACUUACAAAGAGUUCCGUAUCAGAAGGAUCUCGCAAGCGCGGUUUAAAUGUUGUACGUGGCUAUAUAUUUGAACGUGAUGACAGUAACGGCAAAAGCUCAAACUCAGUGCCAGAGGAACCUUCAGUUCCGGAAACGAUUAUUCAAGAAAAGAGCAAACCAAAAAGAGCUCCGGCAAAAUUCACUGCCUCACAGUCACAAGAAAGAUCAGCAACAUUACAGGAGACGACGGUGGUGAAGGAGACAAGCACGAGGCAACGAGCAACCUUAUACGAGAUUCUAAAGAUGUCUUCAAAGAAAACUUGCUUCAAUUCACACGAGACAGUGAUAAGCAGGAGCCACACUGAAUCUAUAUUUGCUGCUUUCAAAUUGGAUAAAAAAACAGUGAAGACGAAUCCACAAGAGAAGAGAUGAAAUCAGUUAAAACAAAAGGUAAAGACAACAGUUGCAGUGUAUUGUGGAGGAGGAAUUCAGACACUGCUAUGAUAAAACAGCACGUGUGGUGAACGUGAAUCAAUGAAUGGGAUCGUGUAGCUUUUUGUUUGUGUGUGGCCACCACCAAAACGGCGUAGGACCGCGCGUUUUGGCAUUAACCUGAUCAGAUUCAGUGUCGAUUCUCAAGUACAUAGGUUUGUCGUUGCUAAAACUACAGAGAUUUUUUUUUUUUGUGGGAGAUUAGAUCGUCCAUCGUAGUCAUUCGAAUCGAAUUAUUUUCGAAAGUUUUGUUUUAUAUAUUCAAUGUUUAACAGUACACUGUUUCUUUGAAAUGGAUGCAAGUUAUUCAAGAA